CACAGAUGUAAAAAGAAUGUCUGACAGUGACAUUAUACUAUUUUAUUUUUGUGGUUAUAAAUAAAUUAAAACAGAUUUUACUCCUUACUAGUGUUAGUAUUCUAUUAUGCCGCGAGAAAGAAGUCGGUACCGGGAUAGGCGAAGCACGUCAUAUAGUUCUGAAUCAUCGUACGAGAGAAGAAGAUCAAAGAGCAAACAUAAACGUAGAUCGAGAUCCCGAGAUAGAUCAGAGUCUAGUAGUCACAAAAGGAGGCGAUCUUCAUCCCGUACUAGGUCUAGGAGAAGAAGUUAUACUAGAAGUCUUUCCAGAGAUCGCUACGAGUCUAGGUCUAAACGACGUUCUACAUCGAGGUCUCGUUCCAAACGAGAUCGAUCGCGGUCACUGUCGAGUUCUAGAAGUAAAAAUAAGUAUAAACAAAAGAAGUCUAAGAAGAGGUCUUCGAGCAGCCGCAGUGGCUCGUUUGAUAUUGAGAGACCGACCCAUACAAAGUCUCUUGAUGACACAGAAACUAAAUUGGAGAAGGCAAUCAAAGCUGCUGAGGCAGUUGGGUUGACUAUGACGAAAAUCCCAACUUAUGAGUACAAGGAGGUUGAGAUCAAAGAGGAUAUGCCUACAAUUCUUGAUAGGAACCUGUUAGCCGAGUUGAACAGUGAAUCCUUUGUGCAGAGGACAUUCACUUCCUCUAGGGCCAAAAAACAGCCUCAAAAUAUUGUUAUUGAUUUAGAUUCUCAGACUGUGAAAAUACCUGAAAGUGAUGUGAAGCCUCCGGCAGAUGAUUCCAUUAUUAAUUUUGAUGAAAUACCAAGUGAAGAAGAACUUAGAGAAAUGUGGAUUCAGAAACUUUAUCACUACAGAAAGAAAAUGUUAGGCGGGGGUGAACUAUAGAGCAUAGAAAUAAAGAAAGAAAAAUAAACAAGAAAUUGGAUACCUCAUUACAUAAUCAGGAUGUGGUCAGGAUACAAUUAACAAACAAUUAUUGUUUAAAUAACUUAUAAUAUAUGAAAUAUUCCAUCUCUU